CAGGAAAGGCAUCUGAAAGCAGCUAGAAGCUCUGGUGAUGAUACGCGGUUCAUAGUCCACCUGAUAAAGGAAGCAAUUGGAUAUGUGCAGAAGCAGUACGAUGAAACUGAUAAGGUACACAACGAAAACAUGGCAAUUCAACGGGAAUUGAAAUGGACUACUCAGACCCUUCAUCGAGUGUUUAGCCCUAUCGAUGAAGUUUUAUUCGAGGAGGUUGACGAUCGGAGAGGAGAAUGUGCGUACAAGUUGUUUGGAAGGCUUCACACCAGCUGCAUGAAUUCCAUGGAAACAAUCGAACAGAACGGAGUGAUCUCACGUCUCAAUGUGGAGCUGGUCGAUAUGAUUGAAGUUGGAAAGCAACGACAAUUCGCUCAACAACUGCAUCGAAUUCGCAAGGAUCUGGCAAUAGUUUCUAAGGACAAUGAAGAUCUUGUGCAUGUACUGGCUGAGCGCUUUCCCAGAAACCAUUCUAUUUUAUCUGUUUGA